AUGGGAUUAUGUGGGGAAGUUGACAAUGAAGAUGAAACAAAAAUUUAUGGAGUGUUACCUUAUGUAGCUCCUGAAGUGUUAAAUGAAAAACCUUAUACUCGAGCAGCAGAUAUAUACAGCUUUGGCAUGGUUAUGUAUUUUGUAGCAACUGGAAGACAACCCUUUGCUGACUGUGAUCAUGAUAAAAAUUUGGCAUUUAGUAUAUGUAAUGGAACUAGACCUGUAAUAUAUGAGUCAGAAGCAUCAAAAUGCUACAUAGACCUAAUGAAAAAAUGCUGGGAUUCAAAUCCAGACAAUAGACCAAGUGCUAAUGAAAUACGUGAACUGAUUGAGUUAUAUCAACAUUCAUAUACUAUGGAUGCACUUACAUUUAAACGAAUCAGGUCGAUCAAAAAAGAACAACAACAUUAUGAAAUUAGAAGUCAAUUCAAAGAAGCAGAAGAAUACAGAAAAAAAAAUCUUUUAACAUUUGAAAGCAGAAAAUCAAUUAAUAAUGUAAAAGCUGAUUAUACAUCUCAGUUACUUAAUCCUCUAGUUCCAGAUAAUAAUAAUGAAUUUAGUGAUAAUAAUGCAGUGGGAGAUUUAUUCUUGAAACAUGUAGAACAUCCAAAAAAUAAUAAUAACGAAUUUAGUGAUGAUAUUGCA